AUGAAAAUUGUUACCUUCAUGAUGCUUUUUGCCGCAGCCUUCUAUCUCGUUACACUUUCGCUUCCUGUCUAUGCAAAGACUAUUGACUACAAAAAAGCAUGGACAGCAAAAGGCGAUAAGAUACCCAACUUCUCUUUCGCAGGCUAUCAUCAGUCCGAGAUUGGCUUACCGGCUUUGAGCACGCCUGCCAAGAAGACUCUGAGCCCUGGAUCUGGAGACAUGUCUACUGCGAUUCAAGCCGCUCUUGACGAAGUCUUCCAAGCUGGAGGUGGCGUGGUCGCGCUCAAGGCUGGCACAUACGCGCUUUCUUCUGGACUGCUUAUCCAAAAUGGCACCACCCUCAGAGGCGCGGGUAUCGGCAAAACUUUCCUGACCGUAAAAGAUCUUAGCGAGGAUGUGGCGACCCUGGGCAAAACGAGUGGUCAAGAGAAAAGGAGUAAGAGCAUCAAGAUUACCGACGAUUAUGUCCCUGCUGGCACUGGUACUGUACAUGUCGCCGACGCAAGUGGUCUUUCUGUCGGAAUGAACGUGUAUGUAGAGCGAGGCAUCACGCAAGCAUGGGUGGAUGCGAUGGGCAUGACUGCUCACAAGAAGGAAGAUGGCUUUCCUCGAGACUUCACGUGGCUGGAGGUGAGUCAUUCCUUCGCCGAGGGCACUGUGUCCAAUUGUACUGACAAAAGCCAGCCCGGUAAACUCGUGCAGCAACCACGCCGCAUCAAGUCUAUGAAUGGCAAGGCUGUCUCUUUCACAGUCCCACUUACGGACUCGUUAGACGCAGAGAAUGGCAUCAUGUCGCCUAUCCAGCUCACACCCUAUACGCCUCCUACGCAACCCUCCGAAAUGGGUAUCGAGAACCUGAGCAUGCGCGUCAAGCCGUCUUGCUCUGGCAGAAUCCUUGGUGAUACCACAUGUUCCUCAUCUGCAGUUCACAUUCCUUCCUGGACUACUGAUUCAUGGGUGCGUAACCUCGACCUCACCGGCUUUAACAACCACAUCACUAUACUGCAAUCGGCAUCGCGCAUCACGAUCACUACAGUCACCAUGAACCGUGACGGCACAACGGACAAUGGGAAAGGGUAUGCACUUGAUGUUGCUAUCGACGGAACGCAAGUGUUGGUACAUAAUGUAAAAACUCUCGGAAAGAAGGAUUCAAGGAGUUAUAGCGUUGCGACGCAAAGCCUUACGCCAGGUCCGAACGCAUGCAUCGGUUACGAAGCGGAGCAGGCCAUCGAGAGCAUCGAGCCACACCAGCGAUGGGCUCACGGGUUCCUCAAUGAGGGUAGCAAAGUGGCCGCCGUGCUCUACAGAAAUCGCGGCAGCGCAGGGAGUGGACACGGUUGGACGAUAAACAAUGGUGUAUCUUGGAAUUCUAACUCGUCAGCUGUCACCAUGCAGGAUCCGCCACUCGGCCAAAAUUACUGCUUCGGCUGUGUGGGGCCCAAAUCCAAGAAAGCAGGCUACGAGACUAACAGCACCGGUGAAUACGGGUCGUUCGUGGACCCGCCGAGUCUGUUCGAGGCACAGCUGAAUGAUCGUGGUUUUGAGUUCAAGCUUUGA